AUGGAUUGCCCCUCACAAAUCUCCCCCGUCGAUGAUAUUUCACUCAAGGCGAGCCUUUCAUCGGAGGUUACAGGGCACAGAAGUAUGACUGAAGAACCUUUAAAUUGUCGGAUUGGCGUUCUCGACGAGUCAUCGUCACACAUCCGAGCUCGACCUCCUCACGAUCAGUCCCGUCGGCGAUGUGGAAGGAUUACCCAACAGUUGCGAAAACCCCUCCAGAGGCAUCACUCAAUAUCAAUUCCCCAACUUCAAGUUGCCGAGUCUGACCGCGAGUCUUCCGACUUUAAUUUAUUCUGGAACGGAUUUUUGCACAUAUCAUGGCGCAUCUUCGACAAUAUCAUACUCCUUCAGAUGGGGUCGGCCUACUUGAUACGAUUUCACGAGCUCGCACUGGUAGCUGGUGGAGGAAAUGAUCUCGUAUCGAUUGACGCCUGGAGGAAGGAGCAACAAGCGGAGUGGAAUCGACUGGCCCCAACGCUCGGGCUGCUGGCCGCAAUGCACGCAGCCAUCCUGGCCAUCAGUCCGGAGCCGCCAAAGCUGGCAUAUUCUUUAUGGCUGGGCGGUGGGACACUGAGCGUUUGUGGGCUCUUCACCGUGCAGUACUUCCCAAUCAGAGCCUUUUCGAUGACUGAUGAAGACGUGGGGUUCAUCGUCGAAAAUGGGAACGAUUUUUUCAACGUUACUCUCCUCGCUACAGCGGUUGCCAGCCCAGUCGUCAUAUGUCUCUGGGCUGCGGUUCUCUUUGUAGCUGGGAUGGUCGACUACAUCCUCGAGAGCGAUUUGGGAGGCUGCAAGUAUCGCAUUUUUGCGGCGCUUCCUGUAUGCUUUGGUAUCGUCACCGUCGUGAUGACAUUGGUCAUUGGGGAAACUAUUGAUAGGAGGAUGAGGCAAAAGGUGCUCUAUCGGUGCUUUCUGGGUUCGACCUGUCACUGA